CUGGGGCUGGGGCCAGGCUCGGACCCGGCCGCCCUCCUGCUGUGGGUGCUGGGCUGCCUGGCUCUGCAGGCCCUGCUGGUGGCGGCCCAGAAGCUGGACGAGAUGGACCCGGUGGUCACCACCACCCAGGGCCGGGUGCGGGGCUUCAAGAAGGAGCUCAACAACGAGAUCCUGGGGCCCGUCAUCCAGUUCCUGGGGGUGCCCUACGCGGCUCCCCCCACGGGCGAGAGGCGCUUCCAGCCGCCCGAGCCCCCGUUGCCCUGGUCGGACAUCCGCAACGCCACCCAGUUCGCGCCCGUGUGCCCCCAGAACAUUCUGGAGGGCAGGCUGCCCGACGUCAUGCUGCCCGUGUGGUUUACCAACAGCAUGGAGGUGGUGUCCUCCUACGUUCAGGAUCAGAGCGAGGACUGCCUGUUCAUGAACAUCUAUGUGCCCACCGAGGAUGUAAAAAGAAUAUCCAAGGAAUGUGCCAGAAAACCGGGCAAGAAAAUAUGUAGAAAAGGAGGUAUGUAUAUGCACUUAAUAAAAAACAAAUGAACCACUUGUUCCACACAGGAAGAGAAACAAAACACCUUUCCCUCUUCUUCUUCUUGUUCCAUCUUCACAUAAAACACCUGUAAAGAGAAGGAUGCUGCCUUUAACCUAUUUUAGCCUGGAGCAACAUAUAUGCUGCAUUCACGCUCUUGAGAUUUUAGUUUAGUUUAGUUUAGUUUAGUGAA